AUGGUGGCGGGCAUCGACCGAGCGCCGCUCAAGGUGACGAGGCAAAUGUCCAAGAAGAAGAUCACGAAGCGCACCAAGGUGAAGCCUUUCGUGAAGUAUGUGAACUACAACCACAUCAUGCCCACCAGAUACCAGGUGCCUGCAGAGAUGUCCCCCGCCACCAUUUGCACCGACCAGCAGAUGGACUCUCUGGAUGGUCGCAAGGAAGCCAGAAAGAUGGCCAAGAGUCUCUUCCAGGAGAAGUUCCAGGCACCACCAGCAGACAAGUCCGGUCGCCCUUCCAAGGAUGUCCUCUACCUGCGCAAGAAGCUGCGCUUCUAA